AUGACUGGAGAAGCCACUGAAGCACCUACUGCUAAACAGCUGGGAAUCGAAGACUUGGAGAUGCCACGAACUGUCAUUAGCAGGACAAUGAAAUCAGCUUUUCCUGACGGUACAUCGGUCGACAGAGCAUCUUCCAGUGCUGUACGAAGAGCUUGCACUGUAUUCGUCAGUUAUCUGGCUGCGACUGCCAAUGACAUGACCAAGAACGCCAAUAAAAAGACAAUGACUGCAUCAGAGGUAUUCAAGGCUUUGGAUUUGUUGGAAUUUAAAGGUUUCGUGGGGAAAGUAGAAGAAGCCUUUGUCGAAAAACGAAACGCCUACCGUAAACGAGUCGCAGAACAGGGCGGUCCAUUACGCACUCGUGGAGGAAGCAGUGGCGGCUCUGCCUCAAAAUCACGAACACGUAAAGGAUCAGACGAUGACGAAGACGACGAAGAUGUAUAUGAAGGUGAAGAAGGUGAUGAUGUAGAUGAAAUGGAAGAUUAUGGUGCAGGAGACGACGAUGAUAUGAUGAUGGAUGAGGGGAUACCACCUGCUCAACCAGUGUUUCAACCACCACCGUUACCUGCUGAUCCAUCAGGAGCGCCAAAGAGGAAGCUGAUAUUGAAACUUGGGCCGAAUAAAGCUGCUAGAUCUGAUGAUUCGAGUCCUAGUAACUCGCCUGCCAAACAAUUGGAAUAG